ACGAGGAAGAACGCUGGAGCCGCUUUAUGAGAAACACGGGGAACUAAUAUUAACCAAGUAGGACAGUGAAACUGAGGGAUAUUAUGUCUGAAAAUCACCAAAGACAACAGAAAGUCGUGAGCUGGGAGUCCAUGCGUGGGGAGCCGCUUUCAGAGCUGCUGACUGUCCGGGUGGCAGGAGGACGAGACUGGAGCUGCGUCCUGUUUGAACUGCAGAGUAAAGAAAGAGAGACAGAAGAGCUCAGAGUGAAGUAUAAGGAGCGCAAACAGGUGUUGGAGAAUUUGGAAGAACGCUCAGAAGAGCUGCAGAAGAAAAUUAAGGAAGUGCAGAAGUUACACUUAAGCUUCAAUGCGUUUCUCAAGGAUGAAGAUGCUGCUCAAACUGCCAAGAAAGCAGAGAAGGAGAGGAAAGAGGUGCUUCAAAAGGAGGCAGAGAUAAAAAGACUAAAGGAGGAGUGUGCUGAAGUGAACGAGAGGAAACAGAAGUUACAGCGUCAGGUGCACAGACAGCAUGUGUACAGGCAAUGCAUGGAGCGGGUGUGUGAAAAAACUAAGUUUGAACAUGUUCAGGCACUCACGGGUCAUUUAGAGAGUCUUCUCCACUUCAGACAGCAGCUCUAUCAGAGGGAGAAUAAGGCGCAAGAACAGGUCGACCAGCAGAGGAAAGCUCUGCUGUCGCUGGAGAACCAGCUUAAAUUACUACGGCUGCAGCAGAGCAACCAGCUGUCCCAGCUCCAGACCAAGCUAGAGAAGACUCACUCUGAAGCUCUAACAUGGGAAAGGAGGUGGAACUGCAUUCAGGAAACGGCAGCAAAGAAAACACUCAAACUGGGACAGAUUAAAAUGGUGAGCCUGAACCUCUAUGAAACAACAGGCGGGAGUUUCGAAGGAGAGGAAGGUGUGGAUAUGAAUGACACAGAGAAACAGCUGGAUCAGGUCAAGAUGUUCUUCGAGGACCACAGUGACAUAGUGAGACAACAUCAAACCCCUUUACAAAGACGCAACGACGGACAGAAACAAGAUCAGGCCAAGAAAUCACAUCAGACUCAAUAUAAAAAAAAAAACAGAUUUUAAGUAAAAAAACAAACAAACAAAAACUUCAAUAUUAAUUUCCAUGCCACGAUAAAACUGAAUUCACUGAAAUAGCAUUGAAAAUAACCGAAUAAACGUCAAACCUGAAGGCAGUGAAUUUGAGAAAAUGUGCAAUCAAUGACUGAUUUAUCUUGACAAAGUUUCAUACAAUAGUUGAAUGUACUUUGAAAUUACUGUAUAUUAAUUCUGUCAGUUGUAAGAAGUAUUUAGUAUACAUAUAAUCAUUUUUUAUCCAGAAGUGAGCACCUACAUUUAUUAUGAUUGCGGAAGUAUGCUAAAAACCUAACAAUGUAGUUUCAUACACUGAAUGAGUUUAAUUUCAGGUCUCAUUUAGCCUCUCACUGUGAUUAUAACAUAAGCGUUGAUCUGUUUUAACUUUGUAGAUACUGUAUUUCUAGAACAUUUUUACUGGUGGAGUUUCAGUCUGCAGCUCCUGUUGCCCACCUGACUGCCAACUAAAUGUAGUGCAGUAAUUGAGAACACAGGAGUCUGCACUGCCUCCCUAUGGCCAAUAAAGGAAACAACAACUCAUAUACACAACAGAUCAGUCGCUGUGUUGUCUCAUUAUGCUGAUAGGACUGUUUCCAGUUUAAAGCCGAGUAUUGUUUAGCUAGAAAUUUGCUGAGGUUAUUAAAGUAAUCACUAACAAGAAUCAUAAAGUUGUUCACUCAAAACACAGGCUCAGAGAUGUCAGUCAAUUAGGUGAAGAUACUCCUAAUUACUCCGGAGAAGAAUUCUAAACUGCCUGUGUGAACGUCUGUUGGUUUUAAAUAAUAAAAAAUAAGUAAUAAAAGUGUUACAUUAUA